AGAACAUUAAUGCUCAAACGUAUCGCAAAAAUAUAGACUCCCGAGAUGCAUCACGCCCACCUAGGCCGGUAGGGCGGAGCUCGAGGUCACGUGACUGCCUAGGCCCGCCCCUCUCUGCAGCUGAAGAUUUCCCCUCCCGCAGUGACAGACUGAGCCUCUGGUUCGUGAUCCGUGAUCCGUACUGCUUCUGCACCUCGCGCCUAGGCAGGUAAAUUAACAUUAUGGAUUUCUCCAAGCUUCCCAAAAUCCUUGAUGAAGAUAAAGAAAGCACGUUUGGUUAUGUGCAUGGAGUCUCAGGACCUGUGGUCACAGCCUGUGACAUGGCAGGCGCAGCCAUGUAUGAGCUGGUGAGAGUGGGCCAUAGUGAGCUGGUUGGAGAGAUUAUCCGACUGGAGGGUGACAUGGCUACUAUCCAGGUGUAUGAAGAAACCUCUGGUGUGUCUGUUGGAGAUCCUGUACUCCGUACUGGUAAACCCCUCUCAGUAGAGCUUGGGCCUGGCAUCAUGGGAGCUAUUUUUGAUGGCAUUCAGAGACCUCUGUCAGAUAUCAGCAGUCAAACCCAAAGUAUUUACAUUCCCCGAGGAGUAAAUGUGUCUGCUCUGAGCAGAGAUGUCAAAUGGGAUUUUACACCUUGCAAAAACUUGCGGGUUGGUAGUCACAUCACUGGUGGAGAUAUUUAUGGAAUUGUCAAUGAGAACUCGCUCAUCAAACACAAAAUCAUGUUACCACCACGAAACAGAGGAACUGUAACUUACAUUGCUCCACCUGGAAAUUAUGAUACCUCAGAUGUUGUCUUGGAACUUGAAUUUGAAGGUAUAAAGGAGAAGUUUAGCAUGGUCCAAGUGUGGCCUGUACGUCAGGUUCGGCCUGUCACUGAGAAGCUGCCGGCUAAUCAUCCCUUGUUGACUGGCCAGAGGGUCCUUGAUGCCCUUUUUCCAUGUGUGCAGGGAGGAACUACUGCAAUCCCGGGGGCUUUCGGCUGUGGAAAGACAGUGAUAUCACAGUCUCUGUCCAAGUAUUCCAACAGUGAUGUGAUCAUCUAUGUAGGAUGUGGAGAACGAGGAAAUGAGAUGUCUGAAGUCCUCCGGGACUUCCCAGAGCUCACGAUGGAAGUUGAUGGUAAGGUGGAAUCAAUUAUGAAGAGGACAGCUUUGGUAGCCAAUACCUCCAAUAUGCCCGUUGCUGCUAGAGAAGCUUCUAUUUAUACUGGAAUUACGCUGUCAGAAUAUUUCCGUGACAUGGGCUAUCACGUCAGUAUGAUGGCUGACUCUACCUCUAGGUGGGCGGAGGCUCUCAGAGAAAUCUCUGGUCGCUUAGCUGAAAUGCCUGCAGAUAGUGGAUAUCCCGCAUACCUUGGUGCCCGUCUGGCCUCUUUCUAUGAGCGAGCAGGCAGGGUGAAAUGUCUUGGAAAUCCGGAAAGAGAAGGAAGUGUUAGCAUUGUAGGAGCGGUUUCUCCGCCUGGUGGUGAUUUUUCUGAUCCAGUUACAUCUGCUACUCUUGGUAUUGUUCAGGUGUUUUGGGGCUUAGAUAAGAAACUAGCUCAACGUAAGCAUUUCCCCUCUGUCAACUGGCUAAUCAGCUACAGCAAGUACAUGCGUGCGUUGGACGAGUACUAUGACAAACACUUCACAGAAUUUGUUCCUCUGAGGACCAAAGCUAAGGAAAUUCUGCAGGAGGAAGAAGACCUGGCAGAAAUUGUACAACUUGUGGGAAAGGCUUCUCUAGCAGAAACCGAUAAAAUCACUCUGGAAGUAGCAAAACUUAUCAAAGAUGAUUUCUUACAACAAAAUGGGUAUACUCCUUAUGACAGGUAACCUAUCCUGAUUUUCUUUUUUUAUUUGAGGACUUUCUAUUGGGUUUUGAAGAAAGCUACCUCCACAUUAGAAUUCUUGUUUUCGGGGUUUUUUUUCAAAUGCAGACACAACUCUGACCCAGUAUAUGUUUCUCUGGAUUGUGAUAGCAAACAUCUAACGAUCUAAUAUGUCCCCUUGCCUUGAUGUUGCUCAUCUAUGCAGUUAUGACAGUAUUUUCACUCAUCACCCAGCCAUCUUUAAUUAGAUUAGAUUGUGGCAUAGUGAGCAGAACGAGGGGAUCGUUGCCUCCUUCGGAAGCUUUUCUCAACACGACUUAAAACUGCCCGUGCUUCUUCUACGCUUUCUCUAAAUUAGCAUGCCCUACUUUCCUGCUUCAUUUCCCAGUAG